AGGUCGCCUAUACGUCAUCAGAAAGCGACAUGGCAGCUUGAUUUCCACACACGUAAAUCGUCGGUGCUGGUGCUAAUGCUGGGUGGUUAUCUCUUUUGUACCUGAGACCUCACACUUUUCCUUUCUGGUACAACAUCGUACUUCCACUUCAUCCGAUAAUGAAUCCAUUAGUUAGACGCAGACUUCCUCCGUCUGUGAGGAGUCUUCUGACUGACAUCGGUCCAAAGGAGGAGUGGACAGACACAGAGCCCGACACAGUGACCAGAGAUGGGAUUCUGCUCCCCGGCAGAGGGGCUGCUUCUGGACAAGAGUUUCUCACGGCAGCCAAGACCCAAGAGGAAGAGGCUACAGUGGACGGUGGUAACGCCAGGAGGAGUGCAGUCUGCAUGUUGUGUAAAUGUAAGCCCUCUUGUUACACCUGCCCUCGCUGUAACCUGCAUUACUGUGGCUUGGCUUGCUACCAGAGCCCAGAUCACUCAAUGUGCUCCGAGGAGUUUUACAAGGAGUCAGUUCUGCAGGAGCUGAAGGAUAUGGGGAAAACGGAAAGCGAGGGGAGAAAGAAAAUGCAGGAGGUUCUCGUGGGACUCAGGCACAAGGCGGAAAGGACAGACGGGGGGAUGGAAAGUUUGUUAAAGGAAGCAGGAAUUGUGUCGGAUGCCACAGACGAGAGGGAAGAAGAGGAAUCCGAGAAAGUGCAGGUUGUGGAACUCUUGUCCAGGUUAGCAGAGCUUCAAGAGUCAGGUGAAGAGAGUGCAACAGAGAUUGAGGCUAUUUUGAGAAAGCUUGAGGAGAUUGGAGGAGGGGAGCCACUGACGGGAGACAUAGAAGAGGAUGCUGAAAGCGCAGAAGGGGAGCCGGACUUGGCUGAUCGGCUCUCAGGGCUGGAUAUUGACAAACUCUCAGAGGAGGAGCUGUGGGAACUUCUCAGCAAUAAAGAGAAAGAGGUGUUUACGGGUAUGAUGAAGGGCGGAGCUCUCGGUGGGCUUGUCCCCCUGUGGAAGCCGUGGUGGGAGGAGCACGAGGUGGGAGGGAGAGCACUGGUGGAGGUGCUUGAAGAGGAAGUGGGCAAACUGGAGAGAGAAAAUACAACAUCUGUGGAUGAACUGGACGUUGAUGAUAAAUAUAAGACAUUACAGGAAGUGGUUCAGGAUCAGCACAAAUCAGCUACACAACUGAGAAAGAUUAAAGGGGGAAACAAAACUGAAACAAGGACGGCCAAGGGAGGUUCAACAGUUCCCAGUGUCCCUCCAGUUUCUGCAAAAAUCCCAAAGUUGAGUUCCUUAUGUGCAAAUCCAUCUCCCCUGGUAUGCUUCAGUUUAGUCAAUGCACUUUAUGGCUACACUUUCACCCUGUGCCUGUUAAACAAUGACACUGAUUCACUGAUGUUUGAGUUCUGUGACAUGAUUCUCGCUCUGUCCGAGGCUCUGAACUCAAGCAGGGUGUUCUCCACAGUCCAAGAAGCCUUAGACUGUGGAGAAACUCUCAUGUUGGGUGGAGGUUAUCUUGACAAGGAGGAUCCCCUCGCCCCAGCCAGGGCGGUGGAAGCCGUGGCUCACAUCGUGACCGGCAGAGACAGAGGGGAUGCUACGGGAUACUGCUUGGCAGCCUUGAGCCAGCUUCGCUCAGUGCUUUCCCGGGCCAGAACCGCCCUGUCAAAGGAGGGAGAGGAAGGGGCGAGGAGACAGAAGUACUUCCUGGCAAGCAAGAAGUGUGAAUUCUUUCAAGCUUGGGUGUUGGACAAUGCACACCAGAUUCGAACACUUGCUAUUGAGCUGUGGAACGAACACAGUAAAAGAGAGAGCGUAAGGAGCAGCAUGGAGAAAGCAAAAACUGUGGUUGAGGAGAACUUGAAGAUAAGGAAGAGCAAAGGGAAUAGCAAGUUAAUUGAAGAACUGAGCUAAUGAUGUCAUUCUUGAAUAUGUUGUUUGUAAAAGUUUAUAAUGUAAUAAAAAUAUAUGAAAGCCUAAA